AUGCAGCCACUAUGCCAUCCUCAUGAAAGCUAUGCCUUGUUGCAGUUCAAGGAUAGCUUUAUCAUUGACUGCCCUUCUGCUUCUGAUGAAUCUUCUGCUUAUCCAAAAGUGUCUUCAUGGAAGCUCCAAGGAGACAGUGAUGAUUGUUGUUCCUGGAAUGGCAUCAAGUGUGAUCAAGAAACUGGUUAUGUCAUUGGCCUCAACCUCAGUAGCAGUUGUCUUUUUGGUUCUUUUAACUCUAAUAGCACACUUUUCCUCCUUUCCCACCUUCAAAAACUUAUCCUUUAUGACAAUAAUUUCAAUAGUUCUAAAAUCCCAUCAGGUUUUGGGCAUCUUACAGAGUUAACAUAUCUUGAUCUCUCGCAUACUGUAUUUUCUGGCCAAAUCCCAUCAGAGAUAUCCCAAUUGUCCAACUUGGUCUAUUUAUCUCUCAGUGUGCCACCUUUAGAAGAUCCAUUGAAACUGCACAAGCCUGAUCUGAAAAGUUUAGUUCAUAACUUAACCCGCCUAAAAGAGCUUGAUCUUGGCUUUGUCGAAAUGAAUUCAAUAAAUGCCCUUAAGACCUUGGCAAACAUGACUUCUCUAACAUCUAUUGGUCUUGAAUCUUGUUCAUUACAGGGGGAAUUCCCCGAAAGAAUUUUUCAUUUCCCAAGUCUCACAAAUCUUAAACUAGCCUAUAACCCGGACCUGACAGGUGAGCUUCCUGAAUUUCAUUUCAACAAUCCUCUUAAGGUACUUGAUCUUUCAAACACAAGUUUCUUUGGAGAGCUGCCCUUUUCAAUUGGAAAUCUUCUUUCUUUAGAGGUAUUUGAUAUUUACAAUAGUAAUUUUAGUGGAUUUAUUCCUUAUUCAUUAGCAAACCUUGCCCAGCUCAAGUAUUUGGAUCUUUCAAACAACAAUUUCAGUGCCCAAACUCUCUCUUCCCUGCUCUGGUUUACAAAGCUUACCAAACUCACUGAGUUGUGGCUCGGAGGAACCAAUUUACAUGGUGAAAUUCCAUCUAAGCUUUUCAAACUCACCCAGUUGGAAACAUUGGACCUUUCAUCCAACAAGUUGCAAGGCCUUAUUCCAAGCUCAAUCUCCAAACUCAAGAACAUUGAAUUUCUCAGCUUCAAUAGCAAUAACUUGAGUGGUUCAAUGGAGCUAGAUAUGUUUUUAAUGCUGAAAAAUUUGAAGAGAUUACUGCUAUCAUUUAACAAUUUAACAGUCCUCUCUUCGAAAACCAUUAGUAAUGCUUCUCUUGACCUACUAGGUUUGGCUGCCUGCAACUUAAAUAAGUUCCCACUUUUCUUGAAAAAUCAAGACACUUUGGAGUGGCUAGAUCUGUCUGACAAUCAUAUCCAUGGUGAAAUACCCCAAUGGCUGUGGAAUACAAGCGUAAAGACACUCGAAUAUCUGAACCUUUCUUAUAAUUCCCUAACAGACUUUGGUGGGCAUUCAGCUGUCCUUCCAUGGAAACACCUUCGCACAUUAGACCUCAGGUUUAACAUGCUUCAAGGAUCACUCCCAAUUCCACCAGCAUCUACAUAUACCCUUUUAUAUCUGGCCUCAAACAACAAAUUUUUUGGCGAAGUUUCACCAUUAUUGAUUUGCAGUCAAAGUUCGCUUCAAGUUCUUGAUCUAUCUAAUAACAAUCUGAGUGGGGUUCUUCCUGAAUGUUUAGGCAACUUAAGUGAGUCUAUGGUUGUCUUGAAUCUCAGAAACAACUCCCUUCACGGCCACAUUCCAACAUUUGCAGCUGAAUGCCAAUUGAAGUCUAUUGAUAUUGGCCAUAAUCAAUUACACGGGCAACUGGCUAGAUCAUUGGCCAAUUGUAAAAUGCUAGAGUUCCUUGAUUUGGAAAACAAUCAUAUAUAUGAUGUUUUUCCUUCUUGGCUAGGAGCUCUUCCAGAGCUACGAAUUCUCAGUCUAAGCUCGAACAGAUUUCAUGGAGUAAUCAGAGGUCCUAUGGUAGGAUUUGAGUUUCCGAACAUUCAUGUCAUUGAUCUCUCCCACAAUAGUUUUCAAGGUAGGCUACCAUAUGAGAACUUCCAAUCCUGGAAAGCAUUGAAAGUCAUUGAUGUCGACCAGGAGGCAGCGUACAUGCAGGAAAGCAUGUAUCCCAUUUACUACUUCCUUAGCAUGUAUGAGGAUGCCACCUAUCAGUAUUCAAUGACAAUACAUAACAAAGGAAUGGAAAGGAUAUACUCGAAAAUUUCAGAAGCCUUGAAAGCUAUUGAUUUUUCAUACAAUAACUUUCGAGGAGAGAUUCCAACAUCCAUUGGAGAAUUGAAGGGGCUGCAUUUGCUCGAUUUUUCAAACAACAAUCUCUCGGGUCAGAUUCCGUCAUCCUUGAAGGAAUUGAAGCAGCUUGAAUCAUUAGAAUUAUCCUGCAACAAACUUUCAGGACACAUUCCUCAAGAACUAAAACAACUCAACUUUCUGGAAUUCUUCAAUGUCUCUCAUAACCAACUUAUAGGACCAAUACCACGGGGGGCACAAUUUGAUACAUUUCAGAAUGAUUCAUAUGAAGGAAAUAUGGGGUUGUGUGGAAUUCCUCUCUCAAAGUCCUGUGAAAAUAUUGACACCACCUCCACAGCGUCUUCAACUUUUGAAGAGGAUCAAAACUUCGGAUCUCAAGAUGAAUUUAUUUGGAGAAUAGUAAUUGCAAUGGGGUUUGGCUCAGGGUUUGUCGUUGGAAUUAUCGUUGAGUGCAAUAAGAUCUUCAUAAAGAACUGGUUUUCGAAGACUUUUAGGAAGCCGCCAUUUCAGAAGAGGGGUCAGCCUUUCUAG